UCCUGAGGCACACUAACAAAUCCCGGUGGAUAUGCCACCACAUCUCAACAUCUUUAGAAUAAAUUUAUGACUAGAAACUCUUCAUUGCUUUCUUGAUUAAGUGUAAGAUUUGCAUUUCUCUUACUAUUUGCAAUUUGCUCUCCGUUGUCAGGUUAACAUUACACUAGCUACUAGUGGAAGAACCCAACUGACUUUCAAUGCUGGAAAAGGAGAUUGUGUGCUUCUGCUUCAUAUGGGUAUUCCUAAACCCAAAGGGGAUUUUCCUAUUCACUUUCCUUCUCGUGAUAAAAUUUUAACACCAGUCAACGGCGCUUAUUUUCUCAUAGUGGCAGUAGUAGUUCUUGGAGGGACAUGGGGUUGCUGCAAAUUCGGGAAGAAGCGACGCGGCGAGGUCCCAUACCAAGAGCUUGAAAUGGCAAUGCCUGAGACUGUUGCGGCCGCAGCCAAUGACAUUGAAUCUGCUGAAGGUUGGGAUCAGGUCUGGGAUGAUGAUUGGGAUGACGACGUGGCAGUGAAGUCGCCGGGCACGCGUCAUGUGGGCAGCAUCUCGGCGAAUGGCCUUACUGCUAGAUCAUCAAACAAAGAUGGAUGGGAAGAUAAUUGGGAUGAUUAAUUAGUUUUUAGCAGCAUGCAAAAGACAACUAGAGGAGAGGGAUAUGAACAUCAAAGUUUGAUAGGAGGAGGGUGGAUGCAGAAAACAAAGGUGAAAGUAACAUUUUGAGUUGCAGGGUAAGAUUCAGGAUUGACAAAUAUGAUUGAUGGGGACUUAACUUUGAUGCAUGUCAAAGCAAAGGGACGGCAAAAAAGGAAAGUGUGUGUAACAGUUUUUUACACAUUGGAUUGUUAAUAUUGGAAGUGUAGUAGUGAAUACACUGUGGCCUACUAGAGAGACAAAAGGAAUCUGUAAAUCAAAUUAUAGGAGGUAAAGAAUAUUUUUGUUCCCUUUAUAAAAUCCAUACAUAUCUUUAUACCUUUUUUGUGAACUCAAGUAUGCAAAAAUGGAAGUUAAAAACUGUUUUUUUGGGUUA